AUGCUAAGAUCAAUUACUCAGACUCAUACUAUUCCUCAUUUAAAUAUUAGACAAUUUUUAAGAUUACAAUCUACCUUCACUAUUCCUACUAUUCAAAAGGGUGUGAUUUUUUAUGAAAAUGGUGGUCCAUUGCAUUAUAAAGAUAUUCCUGUACCAAAACCAAAGCCAAAUGAAAUUUUAGUCAAUGUUAAAUAUUCAGGUGUUUGUCAUACUGAUUUACACGCAUGGAAGGGUGACUGGCCCUUACCUGUCAAAUUACCAUUAGUUGGUGGUCAUGAGGGUGCUGGUGUUGUCGUAGCAAAGGGUGAAAAUGUGACUAAUUUUGAAAUAGGUGAUUUGGCUGGUAUUAAAUGGUUAAACGGCUCCUGUAUGUCUUGUGAAUUGUGUGAAGCCGGUUUUGAGUCUAACUGUGAACAUGCUGAUCUAUCAGGUUAUACACAUGAUGGUUCUUUCCAACAAUACGCUACAGCUGAUGCUGUUCAAGCUGCUAAGAUCCCUAAGGGUACUGAUUUAGCUAAAGUGGCUCCUGUUCUUUGUGCCGGUGUUACGGUUUACAAAGCACUUAAAGAAGCUAAUGUUAGACCAGGCCAGUGGGUUUGUAUCUCUGGUGCUGCUGGUGGGUUAGGUUCCUUGGCUGUUCAAUAUGCCAAAUGUAUGGGUUUAAGAGUCCUAGGUAUUGAUGGUGGUCCAGGUAAAAAAGAAUUAUUUGAAUCACUUGGUGGUGAAGUCUUUAUAGAUUUUACUAAAUAUAAGACUCCAAAGGAUAUGGUCCAUACAAUCCAAGAAGCUACCCAUGGUGGUCCACAUGGUGUUAUUAAUGUAUCUGUCUCAGAUGCUGCUAUUUCUUUAUCUGCGGAAUAUGUAAGAGCUUGUGGUACAGUAGUUCUUGUUGGAUUACCAGCCAACUCAGUAGUUAAAUCAGAUGUCUUUUCUCAUGUGGUUAAAUCCAUUAACAUUAAGGGUUCCUACGUUGGUAAUAGAGCUGAUACUAGAGAAGCCAUAGAUUUCUUCUCUCGUGGCUUAAUUCAAGCCCCAAUUAAAAUUGUUGGAUUAUCCGAAUUGCCAAAAGUUUAUGAAUUAAUGGAAACUGGUAAAAUCUUAGGUAGAUACGUGGUAGACACAUCUAGAUAA